CCAACAGAAGGUCCAUUACCCUCACUCUUCAUUAUUUGUGGGCUGGUUCUAAAAAACAAAAGUCCAAUAGAAGGUUCAUUACCCUCACUCUUGAUUAUUUGUGGGCUGGUUCUAAAAAACAGAAGCCCAACUUGCUGACCCAACAGGUCCGUUUACGAAACCCUAAUCUCAAAACAGAGAUAUAAAUACACUCUGCCUUCCUCAUUUCAUUUCUUCGGCGAUCUAGGGUUUUAGUUGUCGCACGAGGAGGAAAAAUGCCAGCGGGUCAUGGAGUUCGGGCGAGAACGAGGGAUCUGUUCGCGAGGCCAUUCAGGAAGAAGGGUUACAUUCCACUCUCGACUUACCUGAGAACCUUCAAGGUCGGCGAUUACGUCGAUGUGAAGGUGAAUGGUGCGAUCCACAAGGGUAUGCCUCACAAGUUCUACCACGGUCGUACUGGUCGUAUCUGGAACGUCACUAAACGCGCCGUCGGUGUUGAAGUCAACAAACAGAUUGGCAACAGGAUCAUAAGGAAGAGGAUUCAUGUGCGUGUGGAGCAUGUGCAGCAAUCAAGAUGUGCUGAGGAGUUCAAGCUGAGGAAGAAGAAGAAUGAUGAGCUCAAGGCUGCAGCCAAAGCCAAUGGUGAGACCAUCAGCACCAAGAGACAGCCUAAAGGACCCAAACCAGGAUUCAUGGUCGAAGGAAUGACCUUGGAGACUGUCACUCCAAUCCCGUACGAUGUCGUCAACGAUCUCAAGGGAGGCUAUUAGUUCUAUCUUCCCAGUGUUUUGCAGUUGUUGCUUCCGUAUUUGAGUUUCUCUUCAUGUGUCUUAGCUACAAUUUCUGUAGAAUCUCCAGAUAUUUUAUGAAACAGAUCUUUUUAUCUCGUUUAUAACUAUCAUUUUCAUUAUCUCUUCUGUUACUUACAUUUAACAUCUUUAUUUAGUGAUUAGUCAAAUUCUUUGGUGAACAAAUUUUCGAGAUUAUUU